ACGAACAAACCCUUUUGCUGUUUAAACCCAGAGGAUGCUGGAGAAGACUCCAGAGGGGUCAGAGUGGCUGGCUGUGGGGAAUGGCUGUAGGCUCUCUGUAGGCUGGUGAUAAGACCACUGUGUCUGUAUGGAUGUCCUGGGAGACAACAGGGGUCCAUGGGAGGUGUAUGAGACAGAGCUACCAAGCAGCAGUUGUUGUGACCCAGGCUGGAGCAUCAGUCCUGAGGAGCAACUGAGUCUGGACCAUCUGCUGGUGCUGAAGGAAGCAUUUACCUGCUGCACACCCUCAGACAGGAAGCCAGGGGAUGGAGGGCACAGCAGAACUGUACAGAGAGAGGAAGGAGGAGGAGGAAGAGGAAGAGGAGGAAGAGGAGCAGAAGGAGACGAGGGGAUGACUCUGAAGGAGUUCCGGGAUGUUUUGAGCCCUGUGAUCGGUUCAGACAGUCAGGCAGGAUGGAUAGAACAGUUCUACAAGGAGGUGGACAUCACCUGUGUUGGCAGUGUUGCCUGGGGGGAUCUGUGUGGCUACCUGCUGCAGCAGGCCAGAGAGAGAGACCUGUCCUCCAUCCCCAGAGGGGCCCUGUUGGACACUGAACCCCUCAUCACACACUGCUCUCACAACAAGCAGGAGCCCACUACCCGUGUGGUGGCUGUCCCCCAUCCACCCCCCUUCCGCUACAUCAGUGUCAGCAAGGGCGGGCUGCUUACUGUGUGGAACAGCCGCCUACACAUCCUCAAGACGCUGGAACUUGUGGGGGACCCAACAGAGGAGGGAGCUAACAGGAGGCGAUUCAGAGGAUGGACCACCGACGCCGUACACAUGCCCAAUGUACAUAAGGUCGCCAUAGCAACUAGCAGCAGGGACAUUCACUUUGUUGACGUUUCCACAGCGAGCUGCUUUGAGGAGGUCCACCUGUUUGGUUUCCGGAAUGUUCCAACUGCUUUGUGCUACUCGUGUGACAUCAAGGCUCCAGGGCGGCGCUCUCUGCUCCUGUGGGGGGAUGAGAGGGGUGGGGUCCACCUGCUGUGGUUCCUGCUGCCUCUCUCAGGGUUGUUUGAAAGCCCCUUCAGCGAGGCGAACGGACCACAGAAGAUCUACAUGCAGGACCUGGGUGACCACAGCCAUCUGGUGUCUUAUCAGCACCUCCCGUCCAUCCACCAGGAACCAAUCAACAGAGUCCUUUUUGAUCCCCACACAGAUCUCAUCAUGACAUCAUCCGGAAGUGACGAGUCAUCUGUGGUCAUCAUGGAUGCAAGCCUCAAAAGGAAUCCCUACAUUUGGAACAUUAUGAAGGGUGUGCAGUGUUUCGACUACAGCCGGCCUCUGGGUCUGUUGGUGACCGGUGGGCUGGACCCGGCGGUGCGUUUGUGGAACCGCUUCGUGCCGUCUCGGCCCGUUGCCACGCUGGAGGGUCACGGCACCACGGUGGUGGACCUUGCCUUCUACCAGCCGCUGGCUCAGGUCCUCAGCUACUCCAAAGAUGCGGAGGUGAGGGUGUGGGACAUUUCCUCUCAUCGCUGUCUCAGGACCCUGCACCUGCAGUUCCCUUGUUUGCAGCCAGGCCACUCUCCAGAGUAUGGAAACUUCCCCUUCCUCUUAGUGACUCCUCCCCUUCCUUCACUGACUCCGCCCCAUUUGCUGGUGAGCUGUAAGGACUUCCUGGCUCUGCUGAGGCUGGGAGAGAGAGGGAAAGGAGGCGACAUGGAGAGAAUUGGAGGAGGGGGAUGGAGAGAAGCAGGAGGGGUGAGACAACUCCAGCACACCCCCUUUUCCUGCGCCCUCUAUAACCCCACCCUGAGACAGGUGGUAACCGGGAGCAAUGACUCAACAGUUUUGGUGUGGGAUGUGGCAACUGGGGCGUGGCUUAUGACUAUUUCCAACGCCCAUGGAGAGGAGGAGGUCACUUGCAUGGCGUUGGACUCCUCCCACAGACGACUCAUCACUGCAUCAACCAACGGCACCAUCAAGGUGUGGAAUCUUCUAAAUGGGCACAACUUACAUAAACUGGAGCCUGUCACAAGCUCUGAGGUCACUGGGAUCAUCUGUCUCUAUGACAACCAGCUACUCGCUGUGGGGUGGAGCCAGCAAAUAGUUCAGUAUGACAUCACAGGAGCAAAGGAUGUGUGCGUGAAGGCAGACAUGUCAUGGAAGUCUGGACGUAUCCACAAAGCAGACAUCCAAGCUUUGGCCCACUGUCCUGCCUUGGGGGUUGUUGCCACGGCAAGCCAUGAUGGAGAGAUCAUCGUCUGGGCGAUGGACACCCAAAGGCCCCUGGUGCGCCUGCGAAGGAACCCUCAGUCUGGGGUGGCGCCCCCUGUGGAGAAUCUGCUGUUCCUGCAGGCCAGGGCUGGAGCCAGACAGUGGAGGAGCACAGCUGUCCUGGUUUCCUCUCAGGAUGCCUGGAUCUGCUUCUGGAGCAUUGCAGGACACACUCACACACAGGGGGAGUUUCGUCCCUCAGCCCCAGCAGGGGAGGUGUUGUGUCUGACGUCAGACCAGGACAGCAGCCUGCUGGUGUCUGGAGACAGGAGUGGCUAUGUGAAGCUGUGGGACAUCUCUCAGUAUGCUCUGGCCAUCACCCUCCAGCCCACCUCGGCCUGCCCCCCUCUGCUGCGGUCUUGGAGGGCCCACCAGGGGGCGCUGGUGAGCCUGGAGCUGCUGCAGGAGGACCCAGACGCCCUAUUUCUGCUCACGGCAUCAGGAGACGGCUCUGCCCGACUGUGGACCGGGGAGGGGGUGUGUUUGGGGACGUUUGGAUUGGAUGCACAUUGGGACCUCCAGCAUCCAGACACCUACCAUGGGAGUUGGCACCAGGAGACCACUGUGACGGAGAAGGGGGAUGAGGGGGAGGUGCAGAGUGAAAAGGACCAAUCAGGAAGCAAUGAGGUCAGAGGUCAGCUCGGUGACCUUGUCAGUCAAGGCCAAACAUCACAAGAGGAGGAUCAAGGGGAAGCCGCACCCAGAAGAACACAAACACACAUUCUCUCCCCACCUCCAGCCUCCAGCCCUGAGGAUUUGGACCAGAGGAACCUAACUGGAGUUGUCAGCACUUCAGAGAACCUUGCUCAGACUCAAAAAACCAAAGGGUGUGUGUGUCGGGGUGUGUAUGGGGACCUCAGGAGGAAGGCGGCCGUGCGCUGGGAGAGGAGACGGGUGUUUGGUGACAUUGACGUCAACAAACUCAGCCUGGUGGGAGGGGUGUGCACACCCUACCAAGCUCUUGUGCUGCAGGACUACCAGGAAGUCCCCUUGACAGAGGAUCUACCCAUAAGUCCCUGGAUGCAGUGUCACAGUCCCAGGUCUCCCAGUGAGGCGGGGCUUAGCUCCCUGCAGCUGUCAAUCACCAGUUCAGACCAAGAACCCGAAACAGCAACCUGACCAGCCAGUAGGGGUGGGCGUAACAGAGGACUCUGCGUGCAGUAUGGGAGUGUGUGUGUGCACUUGCAGUUGUGAGGUCUGUUUUUAGAUGUCUGCUCCUCUCUGGUCCCUAGCUUUGGAAGGAAUGUUGCAGGAAUUUCCCUAGUCUCUACCACACAGCUCACCAUGCCAAGGUGCCUAGAAAUGUAGGUGCUGUAAACUGUACAGCCAUGGUAUUUAAUAAA